GAGAAGGAAACCAUACAUCAAAUUGUAAAGUUGAUUGUACAGGAGACCACAUCAGAGAAGGAAACCAUACAUCCAACUGUGCAGUUGAUUGUACAGAAGAUCAUAUCAGAGAAGGAAACCACUCAUCCAACUGUAAAGAUGAUUGUACAAAAGACCACGUGAGAGAAGGAAACCAUUCUUCCAAUUGUAAAGAUGAUUGUACAGAAGACCACAUCAGAGAAGGAAACCAUACAUCCAACUGUGCAGUUGAUUGUACAGAAGAUCAUAUCAGAGAAGGAAACCACUCAUCCCACUGUAAAGAUGAUUGUACAGAAGACCAUAUCAGGGAAGGAAACCGAUCAUCCAAAUGUGAAGUUGAUUGUACAGAAGACCAUAUAAGGGAAGGAAGCCAUUCAUCCAACUGUGCAGAUGAUUGUACAGAAGACCAUAUCAGAGAAGGAAAUCAUUCAUCCAACUGCGGAGUUGAUUGUACAGAAGACCAUAUAAAGGAAGGAAAUCAUUCAUCCAACUGUAAAAUUGAUUGUACAGAAGACCAUAUCAGAGAAGGAAACCAUUCAUCCAACUGUGCAGUUGAUUGUACAGAAGACCACAUGAGAGAAGGAAACCAUUCAUCGAACUGUGCAGUUGAUUGUACAGAAGACCAUAUCAGAGGAAGAAACCAUACAUCCAACUGUGCAGUUGAUUGUACAGAAGACCAUAUCAGAGAAGGAAACCACUCAUCCAACUGUGCAGUUGAUUGUACAGAAGACCAUAUCAGAGAAGGAAACCACUCAUCCAACUGUAAAGAUGAUUGUACAGAAGACCAUAUCAGAGAAGGAAACCAUUCAUCCAAUUGUAAAGUUGAUUCUACAGAAGACCAUAUCAGAGAAGGAAACCAUUCAUCCAACUGUGCAGUUGAUUGUACAGAAGACCAUAUCAGAGAAGGAAACCACUCAUCCAACUGUAAAGAUGAUUGUACUAAAUACCAUUUCAGAGAAGGAAACCAUUCAUCCAACUGUAAAGAUGAUUGUACAGAAGACCAUAUCAGGGAAGGAAACCACUCAUCAAAAGGUGACGUUGAUUGUACAGAAGACCAUAUCAGAAAAGGAAACCAUUCAUCGAACUGUGCAGUUGAUUGUACAGGAGACCAUAUCAGAGAAGGAAACCAUUCAU